AUGUUAUUUAUUGUAGUAAAUGUUGGUAAGAAGAAAUAUACACUAGCAGCCCAAGCCACAUCAGGUUCACUAGUUGAUAUGAUUAAAUCGUUUAUUCCACCAAUGACACAUCAUCAACACAAAGGUCAAAGUGGUAGAGUUGCUGUUGUGGGUGGGUGUGAAGAGUAUACAGGUGCUCCAUAUUUUGCUGCGAUAUCAGCUUUGAAAGUGGGUGGUGAUUUAUCUCAUGUUUUUUGUACAAGUGAUGCAGCAAAUGUCAUUAAAUCAUACAGUCCAGAAUUGAUAGUGCAUCCAGUGCUGAAACUGGAUAAAGCAGACACAGUUAAGGAUGCUACAAAAGAAACAUCAAAUUGGUUAGAAAGAAUGCAUGCUGUAGUUAUAGGACCUGGUUUGGGUCGCAAUCCAACUACAUUAAGCUAUGCUGAGAAUGUUAUACAUAAGGCUAAAGCAAUGUGUUUGCCUAUUGUUAUUGAUGCUGACGGUUUGUUUCUCAUCACUCAAAAACCAGACCUAAUAAAAGGCUAUAAAAGAGCUAUAUUGACCCCAAAUGUAAUGGAAUUCUCACAUCUCUAUGAAAAAAUGUUUGGUAAGAAACCUAUAGAAAAUGAACCAGUAGUAAAUGUAAAAUCAUUAAGUGAAUUGUUGGGUAAUAUAACUAUUGUAUUGAAAGGGGUUAGUGAUGUUAUAUCUGAUGGUGAACAAGUAUUGAUAUGUUAUGGUGAAGGUAGUCCAAGAAGAUGUGGAGGUCAGGGAGAUCUGUUAUCAGGAAGUAUGGGAGUCUUUACUUAUUGGACUCACCAAGCUGUAGAGAAGGGAAAUGACAAGUAA